UGUGUGUGGGUCCUACCUGGAUGUGGCGUCAGGGCUGAAGCAGCAGUGGCCCCUCCCUCUCCCAUGAGCCCGUGUGCCCGGACACGCACGCACGCACCCGCCUCACCGCCGCGCCGUCAGCCCCCGAGGAGCCCAGCGGAGGCCGGUCCAGCCCAGUGGGAGCCUGAGGAUGUCCACGGAGACGGAGCUCCAGCCGCCGCUCAGCAGGCCCGGCAGCCUCAGGCGGGACGCCAAGAGGAGAGGGCAGGAUCGCAGUGAGGCGGCUCUCAUCAGACGUUUUAAGGGCGAUGGCGUCCGCUACAAGGCCAAGCUCAUCGGCAUGGACGAGGUCAGUGCGGCCCGCGGAGACAAACUCUGUCAGGACUCCAUGAUGAAGCUCAAGGGUGUCGCAGCAGCAGCUCGCUCCAAAGGAGAACACAAGAAGAAGGUUUUCCUGACUGUUUCCUUUGGAGGGAUCAAGAUCUUUGACGAGAAGUCGGGGGUCCUGCAACACCACCAUGCGGUCCACGAGAUCUCCUACAUCGCCAAGGACAUCACAGACCACAGAGCCUUCGGCUACGUUUGCGGCAAGGAAGGCCACCAUCGCUUUGUGGCCAUCAAGACCGCACAAUCGGCGGAACCUGUGAUUCUGGACCUGCGGGACUUGUUCCAGCUCAUCUAUGAGAUAAAGCAGAGGGAGGAAAUGGAGAAGAAGGCCCAGAAGGACAAACAGUGUGAGCAGGCCGUCUACCAGACGAUACUGGAGGAAGAUCUGGAGGACCCGGUCUACCAGUACAUUGUGUUUGAGGCCGGACACGAGCCCAUCCGCGACCAAUCGGAAGAGAGCAUUUAUCAGGUUCCCACCAGUCAACAGAAGGAAGGGGUCUAUGACGUCCCAAAGCGACACCCAACAUUUGGAAUAGCUCACAGUGAAUCACAGACCUCGGUCACGGCUGAACGACUCCAGUCCUGUUGGUGCCAUUUGCUGGAUCAGAACGGGCAUCCAAACACCCACCAUCCCCACCAACAUCAUCAUCACCAUCAUCUUCAUAGUCAUCUGCAACCCCCCAAGCCGGGACUCGGUGAACAUCUGGAUCAGCAUCACGAGGUCGAUCUGAUAGACUUAGGCCUGAAUUCUCAGAACAUCAACCAAUUAGAGCUUUUCGGAGACAUGUCGACGCCUCCUGACAUAACCUCUCCGUCGACCCCGGCCUCCCCUGCUAACACCCUUGAUCCGUCGCUAGGCCUGCAGCCUCCCACGGAACUCUUUGCUCCCUUCAAUCCUGCGUCUGUGCCCUCAGGUUACGUGACAAUGGGAGCGGUCCCCUCCGGACACUGGUCCCAGCAGGCCUUCGCCGCCCAGACGCCGCUGGCCUUCGGCGUGCAGUCCCCUCUAGGUCCGGUGGCGCAGGUGCUGCCCGGCGGACAGCCCCUCAUCUGGGGCCAGGCCAACAUCUUCCCCGCCACGCAGCAGCAGUGGGCGGCCAUGGCGGCCGGAGCCUUCCCCCCAGCGGCCUACCUCCCCGCCCAACCUGUGGGCACCCUGCCGGCCGCCAUGUUCCAGGCUCUCACCCCCGUCGCCGCCGUGACGCCGGCCGGCGAAACCCAGUCAGGUGCAGGCGCUACGGGUCCGGCCGCCUCCGCGUCGUCGAGUCCGCAGCACGGGGAGCAGGCGAAAAAGAUGAGCAAGGAGAUGUUCAAGGACUUUCAGUUGGCGAAGCCGCCAGCGAUGCCGUCAAAGAAGGGCGAGCAGCCCGGCUUAACGGGUACCUCAGAGGCAUUCAGCACUUACUUCAGCCGCGUCGGCACUGCCCAGGACACGGACGACUGCGACGACUUUGACAUCUCGCAGAUGAACCUGACGCCGGUCACUUCCACCACGCCGUCCACCAACUCGCCCCCCACCCCUGCGCCCCGCCAGUGCUCGCCCUCCAAAUCGUCCGCCUCGCACGUCAGCGACCCCCCCACGGACGCUACGGACCCCCCCACGGACGACUCGUUCGGGGAAGGAGGCAGCCCGAGCCGGAGCGGAGAGGAAGACGCUAAGGUGAAGGACCCUCUCUACGCCAAGAUCAACAAAGGGAAGAAAUAAAGACACACAGGAAGUCGGCCGGACCAGCACUGACAAGACUGGAGGAGGAGCUUCAUUUCUUCGUGUGUGUGUGUGUGUGUGUGUGUGUGUGUGUGUGUGUGUGUGUGUGUGUGUGUCCCAUCAAGAGCAUCUACCCAUGGAGGACAGGUAUUGACGCAGACCUUCUUUUCCCGACCUUUUCCUCUCCUCGGUCUUACUCUGCGCCUCCAUCUUCGUCGCCGCCUCGCUUCCUUCCUGGACGGUGACUUUGCCGCGCAAACGGCGGCUCCGAAUCGAAGCGGUGCGUCCAUGUCUCUGGACAAAAAACCAUGACACGCGCUAAAAACCUGCUAGGGACUCGUGGAGACGGACUCUGCAGGGUCUGUCGGUUUGGGACCGGUUGAACUUGUGCAGAAACUCUGGGAGCUAUUCACUCGCCGCACACACACACACACACACACACACACACACACUCUGGCCUAAUGUGUCUCCUCGCAGACGAAGACCAAGGUAACAUUCUCUAUAGCUUUUGUACAAUACUACCGACGGGGGUAAAAAAACGAAGAAAAAACAGCAAAUUCGAGGGGGAAAAAACAUUUUUAUUUUAUAAUUCAAAUGAAAGCCGCAAUGUGGAGUUUAGCUCCAUAGGGGGCAGUGUAGAGUGGCUUUAAUGCGAUUCAUGGGCCAUUUUGUAAAUAAGCAUCACCACCAUCACUACUACUACAGUACUAUGGUACUACAGUGCUAUGGUACUACAGUACUACAGUACUGUGGUUCUACAGUACAUUGGACCUCUGGGCCAUCAAAUAGGGAGUCUUCUAGUUAUGCAAAUGUUUCACCCAAGCAAUAGCGACAUGCCUUGGUUGUCCCCUUCUCAGAUUGACAGCCCCUCGGCGCCAUAGCAACCAUAUAUUCCUCUUUUGAGGCCUCCUUUGGAAUACACGAGAACCUCCAAAGUUGAACAGAUCACUCAUUGGGGCGGCUUGCGGAGGCAGAUAUUUUGGCAGACAGUUUGCUCUGAAAACUCGAUUGUCCGUUUACACUUUUUUUGGGGUUAAAACAACAUGCACACUCGCGGGGCUUGUGGAGGCGGAUAUAUUGACUGACAAUUUGCUGUGAAAACUCAAUUUACACUUAUAUAUAUAUAUAUAUAUAUAUAUAUAUAUAUACACACACGUGUAAAUAUACACAUACAUAUGUAUAUACAUGUGUGUAUGUAUGUAUAUAUACAUAUACACAUUUAUUAUAUAUAUGUA